CAUUGUGGAGGGUGUUUUGGACAAAAAGCAAAUAGUUGAGCCUCUAGAAGCUACAAAGGAUGAUCUCCUAGUGGUGCAUUCAGAGACAUACUUGAGUAGUCUAAAAAGCAGUUUAAACGUCUCCAUUAUUAUUGAGGUUCCAGUCUCGAGGUUGAGGAUCCGCAGCUGGGAGACUGUCAUUCGUCUAUUCAUCUUGUGUACUUUUAAAUAGUAUUGGAUUAUUGGAUAAUGUUUUAAGGGGUCCUUGAGUUAUGGGAUUUCCGAAUUGUAAUUGUUGGAGAAUCAUUAAGUAAUAUUUAUUUAUUAGUUUUCUUCAGCGGUUUAUUUAUUCUUUAUUAUUCAUCUUUGUAUUCUGUGCUUGUUAAAUACUUAAAUUGUUUUGAUAUCCCUUGAUUUUGUGCGCGGACUUGAUCAAUCCGUGUUCCAAAAUUAGGGGGUAUCACACUGAUGCACUAGCACAACCUCAAUGGCGUGAUGCUAUGACAGAAGAACUACAAGCACUUGAGAAAAAUCAGACUUGGGACAUGGUUCCGCUUCCUAUUGGACGAAAGGUUGUGGGUUGUCGUUGGGUGUUUACAGUUAAGCAUAAUCCAGAUGGGUCAGUUGCUCGUUACAAGGCCCGAUUGGUUGCCAAGGGUUAUGCUCAAACUUAUGGCAUAGAUUAUCAGGAGACUUUUGCCCCUAUUGCCAAGAUGAAUACCAUGCAUGUAUUAUUUUCCGUUGCUGCAAUUCGAUCUUGGCCUCUAUUUUAGUUAGAUGUAAAGAAUGCAUUUCUCAAUGGUGAUUUGCAGGAGGAGGUGUACAUGGUUCCUCCUCCGGGCUUUCGCUCUCCUUCUCAUUCUGGUAUGGUACGUCAUCUUCGUUGUUCUCUGUGUGGCCUCAAGCAGUCUCCUCGAGCUUGGUCUAAUCGCUUUGGCACUGCUAUGCUCAAGUUUGGUUUCCAUCAAAGUGCAGCUGAUCAUACCUGGUUUUUACGUCAUUUAGGCGGUAAGACAGUUGCUCUCAUUGUGUAUGUCGAUGAUAUUGUUCUUACCGGCGAUGAUACUACCGGAAUUGAUGAGGUUAAGAGCUAUCUUGGCCGUCAGUUUGAGAUUAAGGAUCUUGGUCCCCUAUGGUACUUCUUGGGCAUUGAGGUGGCUCGCUCCAAGACUAGCAUAUUCAUCUCUCAACGCAAGUAUGUUCUUGACUUGCUUUCUGCUUCUGGUCAGCUUGGCGCUCGUCCUGUUGAUGCUCUGAUUGAGCAGAAUCAUCGGUUAGUUGAUUCUGAGAGGAAGUUGUUGUCAGAUAUUGGUCAGUAUCAACGACUUGUGGGGAAGCUCAUUUAUUUAUCUAUGACUCGACCUGACAUUGCUUAUGCCGUGAGUGUCGUGAGUCGAUUCAUGCACUCUCCUCAUGCCCCUUACCUUGAUGCAGUUAUUCGGAUCCUUCGCUACUUAAAAGGGUGUCCAGGCCGUGGUAUUUUGUUUGCCAAUCACGGUCACUUACGUGUUGAGGCUUGGACAGAUGCUGAUUAUGCGAGAUCAAUUUCAAAUAGGAGGUCUACUUCAGGUUAUUGUACCACUAUUGGUGGUAACUUGGUUACUUGGCGCAGUAAGAAGCAGGAUGUUGUUUCUCGAUCUAGUGCAGAGGUAGAGUAUAGGGCUAUGGCUCUUGGGGUAGGUGAGUUGCUUUGGCUGAAAACCUUGAUGACAGACUUGUGCCUUCCAGUGUCGCUUCCAUUCUCACUCUACUGCGACAACAAGUCUGCCAUUAGCAUAGCAGCAAAUCCCGUUCUGCAUGACAGUAUUAAGCAUAUAGAGGUGGACCGUCACUUCAUUCGAGAGAAGAUCAUCUCUGGUCAAAUUUGCACUCCAUUUGUCACAAGCUCUCAGCAGCUUGCAGACAUUUUUACAAAGGGCGUUAGCAAGAUUGUGCUUGAGAAUGCAUUGUCCAAGUCGGACGUUUCAGAUAUCCAAGCACCAACUUGAAGGGGAGUGUUAGCAUAUAUAAUACCACGAUUUAGUAUGACUUACUAUGCUAUAGAAUAUGCCAUAGAAUAUACUUUAGAAUAAGUUUUGAUUUGAUUUUGAUUUUUUUUAGUUUCCUUUCUUGUAAUAUGAGCAUGUGCUCAUUUUAUCUAUAAAUAUUAAAGCUGUGAAUGAAUAAUUCAUAUCAUUCAAGCCUUUACGCAAUUCUCUCCUUUCUCUUCUUUUUAUAUAUUUCUACUGUGUUACUAGAGGAAUCAGUGGAGAAAAAUCCUCCUUGUUUCCUAUUUUCUAAUUCUUUCCAUUCUCAUAAUUUCUUCUUCUAUAUAGAGGAGCCUCCAUCAUUGUAUUGUGUAUGAAUUAAGAGAGAAAUUUUUUAUUUUUUUUUCUUAGUUGGUACUCACACAAACAUGCCUCCACCGAGGCUCGAGCCCUUAACCUUCCUUUGGAAAGUAAGAGCUUGAUACCGCUAGGCCACUGGCCUGUUGGUAAUUAUUAAGAGAUAAUUUAAUGAAAGUGAUGUAACCCUUUGGGCUCUGUCGUUGAUGUAGGCCCUAGUGAUUGAACCACGUAAUAUCCGUGUGUUCUACUUGUUUUAUUUAUCUCUUCUCUCCCGUUUUAUGCUUUCCAACAUGAUAUCAGAGCCUAAUUUCUUUUCCCAGGUUCGGAACCCUAUUUUGGGGUAUUCCCUUAGCAUCUGAAAUGUUGCUAAGGGUUUUUCGAUGCUAUUUGUGACUUGUUUGGGCUACCGGUUUGUUCAGCACUAAUGUUCUUCGCCUUUGUCGUGCCUCCGACAGUUUUUAUUAACUUGUUUGGCUGCCGGUGUGUUCGGUAGCAUUGUCCUCGCCUUUGCCGUGUUUCUGGCAAUUUUUUGUUGACUUGUUUGGGUUAUUGGUGUGUUCAGUAGCAUUGUUCUUCGUCUUCGCUCUUCUUUCUUCAUCAUUGACACUUGUUACUCGUCAUCUCAAUGGCAAGUUGGACAUUUAUGCUCCAACUUAAGGGGGAGUAUUGAAGAUUUAAUGGAGCAAUUAGUGGAGAAAAAUCUUUCAGUAAUUGAUGUUGUUCUCUAUUAUUGAAGAUUUGGUGUUACUAGAGGAAUUAGUGGAGAAAAAUCCUCCUUAUUUCCUAUUUUCUAAUUUUUCUCCAUUCUCAUAAUUUUUUCUCCUAUAUAAAGGAGCCUCCAUUGUAUUGUGUGUGAAUUAAGAGAGAAUGUAAUGAAAGUGAUUUAGCCCUUUGGGCUCAUUGUGCCGUGGAUGUAGGCCCUAGUGGCUAAACAACGUAAUAUCUGUGUGUUCUACUUGUUUUAUUUAUCUCUUCUCUUUCGUUUUAUGCUUUCCAACAAAAUAAGAUAUAAUAAUUAUGAGAGAACAAUUAUUGUAUUAAAUGAGGUUAUGGUAAGAAUUUGUAGUUUGCCCCAAAUGUGCUGGUAUCUAUAAUAAUUAAUAGAUUUUAAUAAUUAUGUAAUUUGACAAUGAUAAUACCUAAUAAUUAAUAAGAUGACACAUUUCAUAAUUUAGCAUAAGUGGUAAAUAUAGGAUGUGAUUUGAUUGGUCGGAUGGUGGGUAGUCUGGGACCGACCCUAUGAUGACUUGUUAGGAUUUGUCUCGACCUGCCUAUUUGGGAGUGUUUUACCCAUUUGUUGUGGCCAUUGGGUUGAGCGUGCCCUUAUUAUGUGGACAUGGUCCGGGACCAUCUGGGUGAGUAGACGUACAAACCCAGCCACGUGUUCGGUAGUCCAGGACUGCAACUCAAACCACUUUGUUGGAGGGGAACCCGAGGCUCAUGUGAGCUAAAGUGGCUUUUAGUAAAUGUUAAGUAAUGGUUGACCAAUUUGUGUCACUUAAUCGAGAACAUAGUGAUAUGUGAAUUGACUUGAGAUAACUCUAUGAGAUUAAUGUACCUUAUUUGAGUUGCCUUUAUAUAUGGAAUACAAGGUAAGGUUGACUUGCUGAAAAAUGAUUGCGUUUGACAUUUUUUGCUGAGCUUGUGAGCUCACUCCUUUAUCAUAAUAAACUUAGUCGUUGAUUGGACACGUGAUGGAGGCAUGCAAUGGAGAUGGACACUAGCUUAUUUAUUGUUUGUUCAGUAUUCAUUUAUACAGAACGUUUGUAAUAAGAAUGAUGUUAAUUGGUGGAUUCUAUUUAGUUGGUCUUCAUGUCAUGGACUCAUGUUGAACUAAUGUAAUUGUUAGAUGGAGAUUGAUUUCUUUUCAAUGUUAUUGUGGAUGGUUGUGGUGAUUUGGUGUACUGGAGAAGGGUUUCUUUUCUUGUAUUAAAAUUUGGGAGCGUGACAGCGGGUCGUGACAUUUAUACUAUGCAUUUAGAAUAACUAACAAUCUAUAGUAGUUUCUUAAGGUUUAUGUAUUUCCAGAUCAUGUUUUUCAGUUUUUGACCAUUCAAUUUGCUAUGAU